AUGGAAGAUUAAAAAGCUAGAAAAAUAUAAAAAGCUUGGAGGUCAUUUACAAAUAGAAAAAUAUUCCAAUAUUAUAAAGACAUCAUAUUAUUUAAGUGCAAAGGAAACCCAGCUCGAUUGUUAAAAGCUAUUAACCCUAACGAGGCUCAAUUGCUCGAUGCUGCUUGCAAAUCACAUAUUCGAUUUCGACUUGGUGGAGAACAAUUUCCUCCUAUUAUUUACUAUAAAAUAUAUAGUCACGGAGGAAUUGUAGAUUUAAAUUCUUUUGCACCUAGAGAUUAUUCAUCAAUCUAAAGAGAUCCUGUUCCUCAUGAAAAAGUUGCAUAUUCAGAAUAUAAGAAAAAUUAAUAAAAAUACGAUAAUCAAGGAUGGUAUUUAAGGCUAGACAACAAUGGAUGGAGACCAAUCUCAAACAAAUAAAUGAUCAAAGCAGAUUUUGUUGAAUUAUACACAGCUAACAAAAUUAGAUAUUAUCAUCAUAAAAAAGACAAGCGAGAGGAAAAAGUGAAUAAGAAGACGAGACUCAAUAAAUUGAAAUGGGCAUAAAGUAUUUAAAAAUAAAAAGAGGGAACUCAAUAGAAUAAAUAGGUUUAAUAAUCUUAAGACUUCUUCACUCAAACUAAGUAAUAUUUAGAAAUGGAUGAUGAUGAAUUUGAUAAGGAAGUAUAAAACCUUAUAGAUUGGAGUGAAAAUUUGGAUUAUGAUAAAUAUAUGACAGAAUGGUUUUAAUUAUCUACUUCUAAUGCAAGCGAAAAUUAUGUUGUUUAGUAAAUUCAUUAAACAAAAAUUGAUUCAGUCUUUAAAGGAACUUGA